AGCCACAAGAGUUUCCGCACCAAGCAGAAGCUUGCCAAAGCCCAGAAGCAGAACCGUCCUAUCCCCCAGUGGAUUCGUCUGAGGACCGGCAACACCAUCAGAUACAACGCCAAGCGGAGGCACUGGCGCAAGACCCGUCUCGGUAUCUAAAUGCGAGGACAUUUACCAUGCUUUUUCUUUUGUCCGACCGAGAUGUUCCUCCCGAUUGUUUCGUUCAAUUGUGAUACCGCAAAUCUUGCUCGCGACGAUUAAUAUGCAUCCUGAACUCGACCCGCUUUGACUUUUCUCGUUUCCCUCCACAUUUGGUCCGUUCGACAAUGGCAAGGUUAUUCGUCUUGAUCUGGCUCUGGGUAAAGGACGGUCGUUCAAGGCGCAAUAAGGACAGUGAUCAAAACCAAAGGCGGUGUCCGGGCUCUGUGAUAGGUCGUUCUGCAAAUUAUUUACACGAGCUGAGACAA